CAGCAUCGGAAUGACCACCGCGGAGAGACGUCUAGCAGAGUACUCGGGAAUGGUUCUUCGCCAAUAUAAAACAAAUUGUACGUCUCGAGCCAUAAAUAACCCUCAUUCAAUUGCAAAGAACCUAUAGAAUCGAAUUUUGAAUGGCGGACUCCUUCCCCCAAGAUGACACCCCAACAGUCACCAUCCUACUUCUAGGAGACUCAGGUUGCGGCAAAUCGACCUUUUUAUCGAGCCUGAAAUCCAACCAUCGCCGACUCCAAGGACAAAGAGCGGACGACGUCUCAUUACGGGACGGUGACCAACCAUUUCUCUAUGAUAUCCGCUUCUCGAAGCGAUCCUUCACCCUCGAGGUCUACGAUACCGCCAGUCCGAACCAGCACUGGUCAACUCUGCGGCCGGACGUGGUGCUUCUGGCCUUUGAUAUUUCGAAUCGGGAGACGCUGAACGGAUUGAGGGGGUGGCGACACGAUAUCACUCGUUACUUCCAGUAUGGUCACGGAGAGCGUAUCCCUAUCAUGGUGGUGGGGUUGAAACGAGACCUCAGAGUAGAGGGGGAGGGGAUCAUCUAUCCGCAGGAGUCAUAUCGCAUCGCCCAGGAACUUCGUUGCGAUCGGUAUGCGGAGUGUUCUGCUGUUACUGGGGAGUUGAUGGCGGAGACGUUUGAGGACCUGGCGCGGCUGGCGGGCAUGACGUUGACGGAUUCUGGCGGGCAGAGUGAAGGGGGUUGUGUUGUUAGUUGAUGGUUUUGUGAUACCCUUGGUUUUGACGUUGUUGUAUAUAGG